AUGUCUAACGCUACUUAUAAAGAACGUGCUGCUGCUCAUCCUAGCCCAGUUGCUGCCAAAUUAUUAAACAUUAUGCACGAAAAGCAAACAAACUUGUGUGCUUCUUUGGAUGUUCACACCACAAAGGAGCUGCUCGAAUUAGUAGAAGCUUUAGGUCCUAAGAUAUGUCUACUGAAGACACAUGUCGACAUCUUGACUGACUUUUCCAUGGAGGGCACUGUCAAACCGCUAAAACAGCUAUCCGCUAAGCAUAAUUUUCUGCUAUUUGAAGACAGAAAGUUCGCAGAUAUCGGUAACACAGUGAAGCUGCAGUACUCAUCAGGUGUAUAUAGGAUAGCUGAGUGGGCAGACAUCACCAAUGCGCACGGUGUGGUGGGUCCUGGCAUUGUCAGCGGGUUGAAAGAAGCCGCAGAGGAGGCCACCAAAGAGCCUAGAGCUCUUCUGAUGCUAGCAGAAUUAUCAUGCAAGGGAUCUCUAGCUACUGGGGAGUACACCAAGGGCACUGUGAACAUUGCCAAGAGUGACAAAGACUUUGUUAUUGGGUUUAUCGCUCAAAAAGACAUGGGCGGUAGAGACGAAGGGUACGACUGGUUGAUUAUGACGCCCGGUGUAGGGCUAGACGACAAGGGAGACGCAUUGGGCCAACAGUAUAGAACUGUGGAUGACGUAGUCUCUACUGGAUCCGACAUCAUUAUCGUGGGAAGAGGGCUAUUUGCCAAGGGCAGAGAUGUCAACGUGGAAGGUGAGCGUUACAGAAAGGCAGGCUGGGAAGCUUACUUGAAGAGAUGCGGCAGCCAAAAUUGA